GGCCAAAACAAGCAUGUCGGCGCAAGUUGAUGACGCAUCAUUCGAGAAAAAACAUAAACAGAGCUCAGCUGUUAGCUUAGUCUGUAGCCUGUAUGCGGUUAAAUAUUGUCAUUUUCGUUCCGAAGUGACCUCAAAUCUUUUAAUAAGCCACCGUACUAUCAUUAUCUGACCAUGUGUGACAUUUACAAAAAAUGUCUAAUUCGUACUCCCAGUCCAACGGAUAUCCGAUUACGGUUUUGUUAGCUUGUUUGACUAACUCGUAUUUUAUUUCUUCAAAAGAUCCAACAAAACUUGACACAAAUAUGGCAAAACAACACCAUAACACUUCAAGGUGCAGAAUUUGACUUCCAAUGGCCACCAAUAUUCAAUCUUCAUCAACUACUAAUAUGUCCCCACGGAAGAGGUCCCUGGUUUCUCUAAACAGCAGAAGGAAAACUGUGGAGGACUUCUUCCCGUUUAACUUGUUACCUGUGGAGUGCCAGUUGCACGUACUGUCCUUCCUGAAUGAGGUGGACAAGUGCAGCUGUGCACUGGUCUGCUCUAGUUGGAGUUGUCUCGUCCGUUCAUGGAAGUUGUGGAGGGUGGCUGACUAUCGCCGUGGGAUCAUGCAUCUGGGCCAGGUGGGGCUGCUGGUUUCAAACCGAGAGUUUGAGCGGUGGAAAGCCUGGGUUCACCAUUACACUCACCACCUCAUCUCCCGUCAUGCCAGCCUGUUGACCCUGAAGGCCAGCUUUGACGUUGGGGACAGGUGCAACAAAUGGGGAGAGCUGUUGAGUCACCUGCUGGAUAGUGUCCACUGCAUAGACCUUGGCCACCUUGACCUCAACUGGACCUUCACACUGUUUGAACCACUGGACCUCAGGAUCCACUCCAGUUCAAGCUCCCACCAGGAGAGCAGCUCGCACCAGGAAAGCAUUUGCAAGAUGGAUCAGGUGUCCAGUUUCCAGGAGCUUUUGGCCAAGCUUACCAAAUGCUGCCCCCGCAUCUCCAAGAUGAAGAUGCAUUUCGACUGGUCCGACCUCUCCGUCUCGCUGCUCACACAGUUUCAGCGCCUGCGCGUCCUUGAACUCAAGUACUUCUGGGUCUUCAAAGGGGUCCCUCCAUCCACACUGCAGACGCUGACCGACUCCCUGCCCAGCCUGAGAUCCCUGACCUUACACAUCCUGGUGCCCCUCAGGAACCUGGGCAUCUCGUACACGCUCGAGUCCCCCUGCCUGGAGUUCCUGGAUGUGUCUCCAAGCCGGGGUCUGGUCUUCUCACGCCUGAAGCUCCCGGCGUUGCGGGAAUUUCGGGCCAGGAAGAUUGUCCGCGGGAUCACGCUGGACCGCAGGACCCGGCUGAGGAUCCAGAGCCGCUGGCCGUGUCUGUACCACGUCCUGCGGGACGGGGCGCCCAAACUCCAGGCGCUCAACAAUGAGAAACUUGUUCCCACUUGGAGAGAAGAUAGCUACAGUGAGCUUUCUGCCAUUCUGCAGCAGUCCUGCUACUGUGUGCAGCAUCUGGACAGCUGGCUCUGGUGAUACUGUGGAACCUACGACACUGAAACCAGUAGUUUUAGCUUUCUUAUGAACAUCUUGAUGAUGUUCUGGUCAGCCAGUCCUAGUGUUUUUUCUUUUUGAUCAAGCAUACAAUUUUAACUUGAAUGAAUCAAAAGUAAACUUAAAAGUUCUGCAUCGAUACAAGCAGAGUUGGAUAAACGGAUCAGAGUGAAUAGUAAUUUCCCUUCAUGAUAUUUUCAAUUAAUUUGAAUGUGGAGUUGUGUGUUGAGUUACCUUUAAGCUGUUUUUAUUUUUUUUUAUUCUAAAUACAUAUCAAUGAACCAUAGUAGCCUUUCUUUUAACAUUUUAUGUUUAGGAUAUUCUUUCCCCCCACAUGAUACCAUUGUGUGUUAGCUUUUCCUUUAGGUCCACAUAGAGUGUAAAAAUGUGCAGCCUUCUGCGCGACUUUGGUGCGAACAAAGAGAUUAAUGUGCAAGAAGAAGACUAAAUAUGUUUGUUUUUGAUUAACUUCCGCCUUUAAAAAAUGUAUGAAUUAAUAAAUGAGUGAGAAUGUGGAGUGCAGUGCACUUUUCACAUUUUCGUCAUUAUUGUAGUACAAUAAUAUCAGAAGGUUUCUCACAGAAAUAUGAGUUGUUUCGGCAAGCUAACCCUCAUUAUCAAUGAACAGGGAAAGUUACUCCAUCGUCUCAAACAGUCCAAGAUUUGAAACGAAGGAAGGGCCAUGAAAGUCCAUUCCUUAGAGCUAAGCUUUUGUGGUUUUAAUCACAACAGGAAAUGUGACUCCUGACUGACUGGUCCUUGUGUUUCACUAUGCAUUUUUUCUUAUAUUGCUAUUAUUGUAUGCUGUACAACAUGAACUAUGGUUAUUAUCUCAAGGAAUAUAAUGACCACUUAUGUGUGAACACUUAAUAUAUUCCAUAGUAUUACUUAGCAGCUGUUAGGGUUCAUAAGGAUUGCUGUCUCAAUUUAACUUAUUAAAAUGAAUCACUUUGACCUCAAUUUAGAUAAUCUAAGGAUCCAAUGAUUGGUUUACUGAUUAAAACAAUCGAUUAAGGUUAUAUUAAAUCACAACAACACUCGGCUCACAAUAUUGUAUUCGCCAUGACUGAAAAAUCUACUUUAUUCAAAUUUUUCGAGUAUUUUUGCUGCCACAACGACCAAGUCGUAGUUUGGGCUGUUAUUCUUAUUUUUCCUUAUUUUAAUCCUCAUUUGUUUGCCUCUGCACUAUGAAUAGCAUCUUGCUAUUUUACUUUCUACCAACAGAGGUCAUUGUUGCAAACGUGGAGUUCUGUCCCCAACAUUUAUUCCGUCUACAGCUUUGUUUACAUUUGCACUGGCCAUCAUCAUUUUGUCUUGGACCAGGGAAUUCUGACAAUGAUUGCCUUUGACUUUAUGUGGAAACGGUUCAAAUAUUUGUGUGAAGGUAUUUAUGCUAGUUAAAAUAUAGAAACUCAUGACAAUUUGGGUUUUAUAAUAAAAAAAGGAGUAAAAGA